CUAGAUAUUUCAUCUGAAAAUGAAAACCAUAAUUCUUCUUGGGCUACUAGGAGCCACAAUGUCAGCCCCACUUAUCCCACAGCGCCUUAUGUCUGCAAGCAACAGCAAUGAGUUACUUCUGAAUCUUAAUAAUGCUCAACUUCAGCCACUACCAUUUCAGGGCCCAUUUAACUCAUGGAUUCCUCCUUUCUCUGGGAUUCUACAACAGCAGCAGCAAGCUCAAAUUCCAGGGCUCUCGCAAUUCUCUUUAUCAGCUCUUGAUCGGUUUGCUGGACUGUUCCCAAACCAAACACCUUUCCCAGGACGGGUUAGUUUUGCCCAAGGAACCCAGGUGGGACAGCAGGACCCCUCACAGCCUCAAACACCACCACAGACCCAGCAGAGCCCUAAUCAUGUUAUGCCCUAUGUGUUCUCCUUCAAAAUGCCUCAAGAACAAGCACAGAUGCUUCAGUACUAUCCAGUCUACAUGCUCCUACCCUGGGAGCAAUCUCAACAAACAGCCCCACAGUCACCUCCACAAACAGGACAGCAGCAAUUUGAGGAGCAGAUGCCAUUCUAUACUCAGUUUGGAUAUGUUCCAGUACAAGUAGAACCUGUUAUGCCAGGAGGACAGCAGCAAUUAGCCCUAGAUCCCGUCCUAGGCACAGCUCCUGAAACUGUUGUAAUGCCAGCAGGAGUGAUACCAUACUUACGAAAAGAAGUGAUAAACUUUAAGCAUGCCAAUGGAGGAAUUUUUGUUCCUUCAACCUCACAAACACCCAGCACUACAAAUUAUUUUGCUCCUGCUAUUGACCCAACUAUUACCCCAGAGUUGAUGGAAAAGAAGGCCAAGACUGAUUACUUAAAGGAACCGUAAGACACUGUCUUAAUCAUUCAGAGUUUUUGAGAAAAAGUUAUGGCAGUGCCUCGGAUAUCAUUUUAGGCCAUUUGAUUCCUCGAUGCUAACAUCAGUUCUUUGAAAUAUACAAAAUACUCUUCUCUUGAAAUUCUUUUUACUUAUAGUUUUACACUCUUUAAGGAAAUCAUAGAAAAUAAUACAAUCAUAUAAGUCUUGUCUUUAUAAAAUUAUGCUUCAUUUCAAAUAUCCUAUCAUUGUAUAAUCUAGAAAAUAACAAUGAGAAUAAAGCUAAUAAAGAUGGAUCAACUAGAUCAUUGUAUUUGUAAUGUAUUAAAGAUAGCUCUGGAAAAUGAGAAUAAAGAUACGUUGUUGUUGGAUUUACGAGUGUGGUGAUUGUGACUAAUGAACUAAAGUAUGUACCU